UAUAAAAUACAACUGAUCUCAAAAAAACGACCGAUGCAAAAUACGACUAAGAAAUGGCGAGAGCUCUCUGACCUACUCUCGUUCUCGCGAUCUGCUCUUUUUUCUGCUCUUUGCUCUAAUACCAGCUUCAGCCUUCUUAAUGUUGUUUUAGACUCUUGAGUCUCAAUCGCGCUUUGUUGAAUUUGCGUUGAAUCAUUUGGCAUGAAUCGUGGAUCAUAGCUGAGGCCAGAACGAGAGAGACAUAGCCGAAAAGGCUACAUGAAUCUGCGAUUCAUACUCAUCGUCUAAACGAAGCUUUACAGUAGUAAAGUUGGCCUGUUUCUUCAUUAUCGUUACAAUUUUACAGAAAUCCAAAAAAAUCAUCAUCACCUAAUUAGAGGUUAAAAUCUAUAUAAACCACAAAUGUCAUAAUGGUCUAUAGGGAUUUCCAAACGUAUCUUACAAAAACUCAACUAGGGACGUUUGUGAGACGCUUCGAACGCGUCACAACUACAUUUAACCUAAUGGUUUGUUCGAGGUGGGGUUGGGGUAGCACUGAAAAUAAAUGUCUUCAUUCUGGCUAUAGUAAUGAUCCAAUCUGUCAGUCCCUACGAAAUGGCAUUUUUGUUUUUCUCUUAUCUUCAUAUUUGUGGAAACAGCAGAUUUUUUCCCUUUCUUGGGCAAAAGGGGGUGGGCGAAGUUUUGAAAUACACUUGUAAAAGUGUGAUAUCACAGCAAUCUCAAUGCAAAAUAGGGUUGCUGUAGUUAUUUAGUCUCUGAUAUCCAUGCGCUGACUAAGACGAACGGACAAACGGACAAAUGGUGCUCUUCGAGCACCAGCUAUAACGAGCAACUUCGUAGUAUAGUCAGUAAUAUGUAUCCAUUUACAAUAUACAUACUUUAAAGGGUCGGAAACGUUUUCUUCUGUACGUUACAAAAAUUGCUCCGACCACAAGAGCUCUUCGAAUACCGGGUUUUAAAUCUACACCAAAUCACAGGUUAGGUUUACUGCGUUUUGUACAGAAAUGAACAAAAAAGCAACCGACAUACAAAAAUCUACCUUUUCAUCAUAUAGUAGUAGCUAGUAUUUAAUCAAAGAUGUUUGUUCGCUCCCUAAAUGACUUGAAAUUGUCUUACCAUGUAUGUAUCUACAUAUAAGUUUGAUUAACUUCUUAUCUACUUUUAUGAAUUCUUUGUUCCAUGCUCGCUCUUUCAGAACCGUGUCAGUAAAGUUACUUACAAUGAUUGUGCGUGGAAGUGUCUACUAUGCGUUCUACGUGGUGUUGAUUCUGAUUUUCCUGUCCGUUCUUUCUUUAUAUUUCGCUGUGAACCUACGCGGCUCCAAAGCGAAGUCGCCAACUAAAAUCAUCUAUAAAGCUGCAGUAGACUUACUUUACGAUGACAUCAGAAUACUCUGCAUGAUACCCUACAACUACAACUAUCCCAGCACCGUUCAAUAUGUAAAACGAACGUGGGGCAAACACUGCAAUGUCUUGCUCUUUGUGAGUGGCAAUAUCGAUAAUGAACUGGAGCCCUAUGUACCAGAAAUCAAUGGUACAGACAAUUGGACUCUGGUGCAUAGAGGCUUGAUACAUGCCUUUAAGGUUUACAAAGACGAGGUCGAUUGGUUUCUUAAAGUGGAAGACUCUAGCUUUGUGGUUAUAGAGAACCUCCGCCAUAUAAUAAACAGCAAGAAACUUUUACCUAAUGCGCCGAUCUACUUUGGCCAUGAACUGGAAAAUACAUACACACAUAAGCCCUUUGUCUUCUCCAAAAGUGGUUAUGUGAUAAGCCAUGAAGGCCUAAGACGCUAUGUUGACCUAGACAGGAAUACAAAGACUACCCACUGCCAACACUUAGAGGGCUUUACGGAGGAGCUGGAGCUGAGUCGGUGUCUGGGACGAGCAGGUGUCAUCACUAUAGACAGCCUUGAUGAUGACGAAAAUGAGACAUUCAUGCCUGUUCAAAUGAAUCACCACUUUUUGGAGGGCUAUGAUUACAUAAACUGGCUAAAGGACUUGGCAUACCAUAAGGUGGACACGGCAAAAGUCCCUUUGUCGAAGCGAGCCAUAGCUUUUCGUGUUGGAUAUCCACCUGAAAUAUACGAUUAUUAUUAUUUUAUUUAUCGAGUGCAAUUGUUCGGUAUUCCUAUGCAAAGCUCACCUAAAUUCUCGAAUUAAUAAAAGAGCGUCUCGGCAGGACUUCUAAGUUUAAUAACCUAAACACAGAAAGUAUGGUUAGUUCCCCGUAGUUCCCGUAAAUUAUUGUUUCUAAAACCAGAUUUAAAUCUAAACUCAUUGAAGUAUGUAAAUGUUUAUGACAACUA